ACAACCAACAUAGUACAAUGUACUAAAAGAAACAGAGUAAGUAGUUAUAAAUGCAGCCAACAAGAUGAUAAGUUAAGUUCCAUGUUAGAAUAAAAAUGUUAACAGUGAUCCAGCUUCCCGGAGCUUUCUUGAUCUUAUUGACCAUUAUGUUAGGAGUUCUGUCAGACCCUCAAAUUGUUCUGUUGAGGCAAGACUGCACUCGGCAAACUCGGAUUCGUGUUGAGAUGUCGGUUUUCAUGAGCAAUUAUAACAGAACGUUUGAUGAAAUCCGGAGACAGUUGUCUAACAACCAGAAUUUGCACUUUGCGACGACUGUUGAAACGGAUGUGUAUGGGAUGGUUCAGUGCAGGAAUUAUCUUUCCAGUGCAGAUUGCAUCGCUUGCCUUGAUUUUGCCCGGGUUCAAGUCAGGCGCAAUUGUCCUGAUAAUGAUGGUGGUCAUGUCAUAUACAAAGGCUGCUUCCUCAGAUAUGAGUCGUACAACUUCUAUACACAGAGUCUACUUGUUUCAUUCGAAGCCUCUGCUGGAAUAUGCAACACCAAUCAAAGUAAACUUCAGGCUGCAGCUUUUAAACCAGUGGUGGAAGGGAUAAUGACAGAUCUUGUAGCUGCAACACCAAAGAUAAAUGGCUACUUUGCAGCGACUACAAGGCCAGUGUCUAGUGGUGGUGUGACAUCAAAAGUUUACGCUGCUGCACAAUGUGUGGAAACUAUCAGCCAGAAGGAUUGUCAGAGUUGCUUGACAAUAGCGUAUAAUAACUUGCAAAAUUGCCCUCCUGGUUCCGAGGGUAGUUCUGCUGAUGCCGGUUGUUUUCUCAGAUACUCGGAUGCCUCAUUCUUUGCUGAUAACAUCAUAAUCAAUAUCACACCCUACCUACGAGGAGGAACUUCAAGCUCAAAGACAACUAUUAUAGGGGCUGUAGUCGGUGUUUUAUGCAUCUUGCUCAUACUUGCAACACUUUUGUGGUACCAAUUCGUAAGGAAGGCGAAUGUAGCUCAGAGAGGUGAUAUGUUAGGGCUAUCCAAGUUGCAGGGGCCAGUUACUUACAGCUUCAAAGAUUUGAAAUCGGCUACAAGGAGCUUCAGCGAAGACUCUAAAAUAGGUGAAGGAGGUUAUGGAGAUGUGUACAAGGGCAUAUUAAAAAAUGGUGAUGUAGUAGCUGUAAAGAAACUUUCUGUUGGUACAAGCAAAGCCAAGGAAGAUUUUGAGUCUGAAGUUAAGCUUAUCAUUAAUAUUAAUCACCGGAAUAUCAUUCGUUUAUUAGGCUGGAGUCGCAGAGGAUCCGAGCUCCUUCUUGUGUUCGAAUACAUGGCAAAUGGAAGUCUGGAUACAUUUCUUUAUGGUGUAAAACGGGGGAUUCUCAGCUGGAAACGACGGGUUGAUAUUAUUCUUGGCAUAGCCCGGGGCCUUGUGUAUCUUCACGAACAGUUUCAUAAAUGUAUUAUACAUCGAGAUAUAAAAUCAAGCAACAUCCUACUAGAUGAUGAAUAUCAGCCAAAAAUUGCAGAUUUCGGGUUGGCAAGACUUAUACGUGAUGAUCAAAGUCAUGUUAGCACUAGAUUUGCUGGGACAUUGGGUUACACAGCACCAGAGUAUGCAAUCCAUGGACACUUGUCGGAGAAAGUUGAUACCUACGCCUUUGGUGUCGUGGUCCUUGAAAUUGUGAGUGGCCGAAGGUGCACCAAUUUGAACAUCAAGUCUGACAACGGUUCCCUCCUUGAACAUACAUGGAAUUUGUAUUCAGAUGACAUGCAUUCGGAUUUGGUUGAUGAGAAUUUAGAUCCAAAUGAAUAUAACACCGAUCAGGUUAAAAAGAUCAUCGAAAUUGCUUUGUUGUGCACUCAGUCACCAACUUCUAUGAGGCCGACAAUGUCUGAAGUAGUUGUUCUGCUUACAAAUGAUAGUUCCAUCAAGCAAAAACCAGGAAAACCAACUUUAUUCUAGUUAGUUAGAGGACAGGGCGAGAUGCGUAUUUACUACUUCAUCAGCACCAGCAAAUUAGAUAACAUGAACAAAAAGAUACGAAGUUACAAUGUACCAAAGUAUCUCCAUUGCAAUAAUAAAAGAAAGAGCUGUAUUCUAAGAAUAUCCAAUUUUGUAUUCUUUUGAGAGUAAGUUAUAUCAGUACUCGCAACUUUCUGAAA